CGCACUCAGGUGAGGCGCAGGUGUUUGACAGACACCUGAACAUCAUCAGAGACACCGGCGGGAUGCACUAUGAUCAGUGACUGACAGACUGGAGGUAUCUGAAGCCACGUGUGCAUUAUGAAGGAGAACAGGUCCUUGUGUCAGGUGGAGCAGCUGCCCUGUGCGUGUCUGCUAGACUGCCACCGACAGACCCGCAGCACUGCAGGGGCCCCGAUUCGACACAGAGCCAACGGGGCGGUGGGCGCCUUGUGCAACAGUCCUAACUGCGUGGUGGCCGCCAGGCUGGAUAACUCAGAGCAGGGGCGGCACGGGGCCGGCAGGGUCCUGGUCACCGGAGGGGCCGGAUACUUUGGAUUCAGGCUGGGCCGCGCUCUGGCAGGCCAAGGGGCCACGGUCUUACUCCUGGAUCUCCACAAGCCGCCCUGGGAUAUCCCUGAUGGAGCCGUCUUCCAGCAGAUUGAUAUCCGGGAUUAUGAUGCCCUGUAUAGGAUCUGUGCGGGAGUGGACGUUAUUUAUCACACUGCUUCCUAUGGGAUGUCAGGACCUGAACAGCUGAAGAAAAAGCAGAUUGAAUCAGUCAAUGUUUGCGGCACGGACAAUGUCAUAAACGUCUGUACGGAGCGGGGCAUCUCUAGACUCAUCUACACCAGCACAGUCAAUGUGGCGUUUGCUGGCCGGCCCAUCGAGGAUGGAGAUGAAGACUCAGUUCCCUGUGUGCCGCUGGACAUGGUGAAUGUGGAGAGGAGGUUGUUCAGCUUUCAUUUUGGGGACCCUAAUGCCAAGAUGAACUGGGUACAUGUGGAUAAUCUGGUGAUGGCUCAUGUUUUAGCAGCAGAAGCACUCACUGCAGAUAAAGCUUUUGUGGCGAGUGGACAGGUUUAUUUUAUCAAUGAUGGGGAGUCUGUCAAUGUCUUUGAAUGGUUGACACCUCUGUUUGAAAGACUAGGUUAUGGUCGGCCAUUGAUUCACCUUCCUGUUUCUCUGGUCUACUCAGCAGCAAUUUUGAUGGAGCGACUGCAUGUGGCUCUGAGUCCUAUAAUGGAAAUUCCAUUACUUCUGACAAGAAACGAGGUGAGAAACAUUGCUGUCAGUCACACCUUUAAAAUCGAGAAGGCGCAGCGAGAACUGGGCUUCAGACCUAAGAAGUACAGUCUGACCGACUCGGUGGAUCAGUACCUGCGGAGCCGAGCGCCGCGUUCAGCUGCGUCAUUUCCGAACACACAGUACCUCUUCCUGCUGCUCCUGCUGCUCCUGAUGGGAUUCAUUACCGUAAUGAUCUGCUCUGCAGGACGGGAAUAAGAAGCCUUAAUAUUUCAGUCUCACUUGAAGAGAAAUCUAAUGGAUCACAUGUAGGGUUUGAACAAGGGCUGGGCGAUAUAGUGAAUUCCUCCUAUCCUUUGCUAUCCUUUUUAUUUUGCCAUUAAGUUUUAUAAAGACUGUCAUUAACUAAU